CUCACGCUCGGCCCGAGGCGGAAUGGGCGUGGCUCGCGAGGCCGUGCGCUUCCGGCGCGCGAGGGUGGGCGGUACUUCCGGGACGGACGCGAGGCCGGGGAGCGGCGGCGCUUCCCCUCGCCAAGAUGGCGGCGGCACCGUCGGUGCGGCUCCCGGGCCGCGCCCCCCGCGGGCUCCGCGCCGCGCCCCGCGCGAUGGCGAUUAUGUCGUAACCACAGAACGAGCGAGCAGUGAUGGAAUCACUGGACACCGAGGUGAGGGCACGGAAGACCCUGGGGACUGUGGAGUACGUGGAGUCUUCGGGCUUCGCGCAGGGCGUGCUGCCCACCAAGAAGGAUGUGGUGCAGAACAUGCUGUACCUGCUGCAGCCCAAGAGGGCCGGCCAGGCCCAGCGCUCCAAGGAGGACGCGGCCCAGCUGCUCGCAGAGCACCUGCAGGAACACUGGCUGGUCUGCAACCUGCACACCAUUGCCACGCAGAACAUAAAGAAACUCAUCCUCAAAAUGUACGAGGAGUUCACCCGAUUGUACCAGACCAGGAAGCAGAGACAGAACCAGGCUUUUUCCGAGCGAGCCGACAGGUUCAACGAGAGUUCAGAGAAGCUCUUUGACGUGUUUUGUACAGACACACAGAUGAGGGAUAAACUGGAGGAGUACAGUGGGAUAAAAAUGACCAGCAUCGAGUGGAAGUUUCUGGAAGAUCAGAGGAACGAGAGAAAAAUGUACUACGAGGAUUUCACAGAGAAGCAGGAGUUGAAGACGAUGGAGAGAAGGCAGAAGAUACAGUGUCUGGAGCACUUCAGGAAGCUCGCCAGGGAAGAGAAGGAGAGCAGCAAGGCGAAGGAGAUGAAGUGCAAGGGCGAGGAGCAGUCGGAUGAGGGCACGAGCGUGGAUGAGCUGUGCCCUGCGGAGGAGGAGAACGGCGGCGCCCCGGCCUUCUCGCUGCGGGGCCGGCGGAAGCGCCGCUGCACCGCGGCCGGCGGCGGCACUGACCUGCCCCUGGAGGGCGAGCACAUACGGAUGAGCAUCCGCAGGGUCAGGCCUGGCUUCUACGAGACUGUGGAAAAGGUGAAAAACUGCUAGCGCCCGCCGCGGAGAGCGGGCAGAGCUGCUGGAGUACGAGGUGGCAAUGCACACGUUAGGCAAGUUUGAAAUCCCACCAUCCAUUGGAAGUGAUUGUUGUAGAUCCUCAAGCCAGAGCUCAGGAACAUGCUGCCUCCAGGGAAGAGGGCUGGGAUGAUGACAGUGACAGCAAGGACUAAACCAAAUGGAUUUGGAAGGAUGAGCUGUCAGCAGCCAGCGAUGCCAAGGCUCGAAUGCAGAGGAUGAUCCAAGGUUACGUAGCACAUAAGCCUCUUCUUCCAAGGUCCUGUCUGCAUCCGUGGGGUUUGGAAGUCUCUCGGUGUUUCUGAGCCAGCGGCGGCCUGACAGCGUGAAUCAGGACACAGAUUUACUGCAGGUGAUAACUUGGACUUGUUGCUAACAGAAGAUCCCUGUGCUGAAGAGCCCUGGCUGCAGUGGGGGUGAAAGAUGCGUGGCCUCUUCCUGCGGGAGCUGGCGUUUCUGCAGGAAGGAAGUGGGUUUGCAGCGUGUGUCACCAGCCCCGGAGAGGCAUGCUGUGCUUUUGGAAAGGGACUGCUCUCCUGCUUGAGGAGCAGGCAGAGAGCAGAAGACAGUGGAGUGCUUUGGCUGCUAAAGCAUUGGUGAUUCUGAAUGUUUUAUUCUAGAUUCUAUUUUACCAACGUUUCCUCGAUCAGGAUAAACCUUCCUGUAACUGGAUGAGUUUUAUCAUGAAGUCCCUAAUAUAGGAUCUGGGGUGUGAAUCCUAAAUGAAGUGGUAAUGUUUUAUCUUUGGGGGGGAGGGGGUUAACAUAGGAAAAAUGCAAAUUGCAUUAUUUAGUUUUAAGAUGAGAGUAAUUUUAUAAGCUGUUAUACUGCCUUUAUAGGACAUAGGGAAGAAUAAGCCUUCCCAGGUGUAGCUGUGGUGUUCACAGCAGCAGGCACCCAGAUCUGGGCUUGCUCUUCCACCCCGAGGUGGUGCAUGUAGACCAGCAGGGGGGAGAUGGUAGUUUUCCACCCGGAGGUUGUUUGAACAAAGCGUGACCCUCUUGCCCACGUACAUCCUGAGCAGUGACGUAUCUGUGACUUUUUUAGUUAAGAGUUGCUUUACUGGUUUUUAAAGGUGAGAGACUUGAACUUCCAGUGAAACCCAGUGCUGGAGAUCUCUCUGGUGAGAUGCCCAAACCUUGCCAGACGACACUGAAAAUGGAAAACCCCCAAGUCUCUAUUUGUCCACAAAAGAUCUGUGGUAGAAAGAGCGCAAACUUGCCUGGUUUUAAAAUUUACCUUCCAGUGUGAAUGUUGGUUUCCCCACUCCAGUAUCUCAGCUUUUCCCCGUUUCUUUCCUCUCCGUCCUGCACAUCAUUUACUGACGUUAACUCGUGCUCUUUCAUUCUUUGGCUUUUGCUCCCUUUAACAAUAAAUGCAUGUACGAAUAAUUUUGACAGUUCAUUUACUUUUGAUGAAUCAGUCCUCGGACUGCUUUGAAGUCCUGUGCCAAAGGAGGAAUGAAACCCAGAGCAGCUGCCGGUCCCCUGGGACACGGCGGCCCCGGCUGGGCUGCCCAGGCAGGCUCCAGCCUCGGCCACCUGGCACAGAUCUGUGUGGCUGUGAGCUGCGUGUCCCUUCUCAGGGACCGUGCUCCUUGCUGCCGGGGUCCUUGCUCUGUGUCUCUGACAAGCUCUUCAUGGUAAGUCGCUCCAAAGUAUUUAGUGCCCGCCGCGUGCUCUGCACCACUCGUAGUUCUGCAGGUUUGGUAGCAGCACCCUUGAGCCUCCCUCCAUCUCCUCUCUCUGACAUGCUUCACUGACCUCCCCAUGCAAAUUAUGUCACGUUUAAACUAUUUGCCUUCCAGCCAGGAGGUGCUGGAUUGAGCCUCUCACUGGGUCUCUACACCAGCAGCUCUGUUUCAGCAGGGAAUAUAGCCAAGCUCGGACCUCGCCAAAGUAAAGUUUUUUAAUAACUGCUGUAAGCCCCCUUUUUAUUACAGAUAUAGCUGACAGUAUAAAUGCUUGUGUGUAAAGCAAAUCCAUUUGGGUUGGCUCGGAUAUGGAACACAGCUGUAUAGUGCUUUAUGAUUUUCAGGGAUUCAGGGAAUUUAAGGUUGUCAAAUUUGACUUCCUGUCUACCACAGGGAAUUACAUUUCAUUCAGAAGCCCCACACUCAGCCUGCUGGUCUCAGUUGAACUGAUGUAUCUGACAGAAAGUCAAGCCACAGGUGUCAGCAUUCUGCUGUCUUCCUUGUUGCCUAUUUAGUGAUUAAUCACCUUCACUCUUUCAAAAUAAGACAAAAAAAAAUCUGACCAACUUCUAGGCUGUGAUUCUUUUCACGACAUCCUGUACAGGCUGAGCAGAGUUUAUCACAUUAAAAUCAUAUUUGGGUUUUUUUUAACUGGGUUUGACUGUGGAUAGAGCCAAAGCCUGGCUCUGUUUCUGCUGCAACAGGGGGAAAAUUUCUAAAUCAUGUAUUCUGAUUACUCUUCUUUGGGACCAUGGUGCCUUUUUAAUCAGGACAGUAAAUCUUGUCCCAGGAUUCUGUACUUUUGUACGUUAACAGUUGUUGACUUUCCUUUUUGGUGUGUCCCAAAUAAAUUAAUAUAACAUA